AUGUCGCCAAAGGUUGUGUCGUCGCAAGUGAAUUCAGUGAAGCGUAAUCAUCUUCCCCACCGGUCCCAGAUGCCGUUUGAAGGGCUUUUGACUUUCAUUCAGGCCCUCUCCAUCCGGCUACAUGUGAAAAUCACUGUCGGGCUGCUUCUGAGCCUUCAUUUCCGGUCCCCUUUACGCCAUAUGCCAGAAUUUAUAGCCCGUGAGCUCAUGCCGAGGCAUCUUCCUCUCCUUAGGCUUCAUACCCAUGCCCCAGUUAUCCUCGUUCUCAUCCCCAUCCGCCAUUCUAUCUCAUUCAUUGCGGCCCUGUAUUCGGCUUAA